AUGUCGGCAUUCUUCUACCAGCCACAGCAGCAUGCUCACCACGGUGCCGCUGCGCACAUGCAGCCUUCGAAUAACCACCACGGCGGACGCUCUCGGCGAGGACCCAAGAUGGCCGCUCAAAACGCCCAGCGCCAGUUCCGGGGUGUAAAAAGUAUGAGGGAGCUCGCUGAGGCUCCUGCAGUGACUGCCUUCCGCGCGAGGUUUGAGGCUGGACGGUCUUUCGACUUGGACGACGACUUGGAGUUCUGCCCCAGUCUCCUGACCGAGGACGAUCUUCACUCAAUCCAUUCCGCUGGUUCAGAUCGGUCGUCUCUUUCCAGUGGCUCUCCCGAUUCGUCUCCUCUCCAGCAUCAAAUUCAGCCUGUUCAGCAGGUGACACCGUCCAUCUCUUUAUCUCCCGCAUCUACCAACUCAUACGUCCAUUCCGGCGUUACCGGUAAUCUUAAUCACGUGAACUUUCAGCAACCAUCUGCGGUCCGCACCCGCAAGGUCAUCCCUAUCGUCAACCCCCAUACUGGCAUGACCCUGACCAGCCCGCCCACGUCCAUCUCCCCGGCCUCGAUGCAGAAUGCUCAGCGUCGCUGGUGA